UUUCUAUGACGUCAUAAUCAACUUACUAAUAUCGCCACGUACAAAGCUAAUACAAAAGCAAUGGCCGACUUCGAGGAAAUGGACACCAUCAACCCUAUCUUUGAUCUGGUUGUCUUCCGCCCCAUUAAGGACAUAACUUCCGGUCGUGAAAUUCUUCCGGUCACAUAUGACCUAGGUUUGGAUUUUCACCCCCACAUGAAUGACUGGGUAGGCCUGUUCUAUUCGGGCUGGAGUUCAGUGAAGGACUAUUUGGAGUACCAAUGGGCGCCGAUGUUGCCUCACAAUCUUAACACGGUCCACAGAAGGCGUAGAUCUGUUCUUUUUCAGGUUUCCAAUUUCGCCGAUGUUAGGGAGGAGGAAACCGACUUUUGUUUCCUCUACGUCACCAGGGACAAUCAUGUGGUCGGGGUAAGCAACAACUUCCGGUUUCAAUCAUUGCCAGGGUAUGAGGAUGACCUUCACUUUGAUGGCCUUGAGAAAAGGGCACAAGAAGACACGUCCUUCACCUUUCUCACUUUGGAGCCGGGAUUUGAGUGUGACACUCGUUGCGAUGAUCAGUUCUAUUUUAUACCAACUAGAAAAAGAGGUCUUGAGGAUUCGUUUGAAAUGAUGAACAAUGAACCACCUCCUCAAAAGAGGCGCCCAACCAAGGAACGAGUCAUGGUUCGAACCGCGGACCCAGAUACGCUGCUCACAUUUUCCAAUGAGCAAUGGCAGGAUAUCUUUCGAAUUGUGUCGGAGAAAUCCGUCGUUAAGAAGGUGAACGGUGAUUUGGUAGUAUCCCAAUCCUCGGUAGUAGAACCCAUUCUUGAUAUCAGCAAAACGGUUUGCAAAGAGCAACUUUCUAUCACCUGGUAUCCAAAUCUGCCAUUAACAUAUGAGCAUAAACUAGCCAUUCUACCCAGUCCUCGAACUGUGUUUAGUGUUCUAAGCCGGAACUCUAUGUCGUGUGCCGCAUGCGCCAUGGGGAAAUCCGUCAUAGAGGAUUUAAUAGUGCAUCAUACAAAAUGUGAAAAAAAUGUUAGAAAAAUGUCUGAGCAGAUUACAAUCCUGAAAGAGGAGGUAGAGGAUCUCCAGUUACGUGUAAGGCUCCAGAGGACCCUGGCAGAGUACGAGGCGGGUCGUCAGAACACGUACCAUCUGGAGGAACUGUUUGUCCAGAACCAGGAACUGGAGGAGAAACUCAGAACUAUGGAGUUCCAGAUGGAGAGGCUGAGAGCGGAAAAUGCCGAGGUCAAAGGUCAUCAGAUGAGCAGUGCUAAAGAGAACGAUCAGGAUCAGGAAAUCCUAAAGCUCCUGAAAGAGGGGUUCCAGGGAGUAAUAGAGAUAAAUGGUCGAACAUUGACAGUCAAGGUCGAGGAGACCAAGGACGUCGGUUCUGACGAGGAGUGGAAGAUGUACAUACCCAGGCGAAUGGAGCGCAUGCGCAAAACAAUCAAUAAGCAAAGCAUCACAAUCGCCUCCCUGACGAACACCGUGAAAAGUCAAAGGGAUCGGAUGUACAACCAGUCACAGCGCAUGCUCGAUAUCAAGAAAAAUCUGAAGGUGGUUACCCAGAUGAAAGAGGAAACGGACGCCAAAUUAGUGGAGGUCACCCACAGAAUUCGCUCAUUGCUGAAGGACCGCGCCAAAUGUUUUACUAAUGAAUGGCGCCAAUUUGCACGCAAAUUAACAACAGGUACGCCUCAAGUAAAGGAACCAAAGAACCGCGCCGUGGCUUCUUUGAUCCGCUCCCCGCCUAAUCUUGCAAACACUUCAUGGAAAUCUCGGAGACCAGAGAGGAAAUGCGAAACGUGUGGCAUUGUGUUCAGUGCCUCUGUAGAUCCGCGCGUCAUUGAGGAACAUCUCGCUUUCCACAUCACCUAUCAGAAAAAGCGUGACUAAGUUCCUGACAUUACGGCAACGGUUACCAUGGUUACGAAACUGGACUGUGAUUAUUUGUAUUUUUCCUAUGUUUAAGUUUUAGCUUUUACAUUUUUAUUUUUGUAAUUUGCAUGAUAAAUAAAAAA